AUGGUACUCAACGAUAGUGGUUACAAGGAACAGGUGCUACCAGCACCUGAGCUCCAGAGCCCGGAAGCAGAUGACUUCGCAUUCUGGGACGAUUAUUGCAGGAGCUAUAUAGAUCCACUGCUGGACGCUGCUCACUAUUCCGAUGAAGACCGCGAAUCGCAUCGAGCAUUCAUCCGCGAAUAUGUCAUUCCUGCCAUAGGGCCUCGCCCUCGACCUUCGGUCGCAAAGCCUCGAAUGGCAAUUGCACCCCACGGCUGCCCCAGCGAUCCCAGCAUUAAUUUCACUGCCAAGAAAGCCCUGGCUCGAUUCGGAUUUGCAGUCAACGGACCUCAAUCAUUUACCGCGGAGGACCCUCUCGGCGUGGAGACGUCAUAUGCGGCUCUCGCUAAGUUUGCACGGGACACAGACUCCUGCGUGGACUUGCGUUGGUUGGAUUGUCUCAUGGCCUUGUACCCGAGCCCCGAUUCCAUACAUGUCACGGCAGACUCUUCUUUAUACAAGAAUUACAGCAGGCGGGUCGCAUUCGCGGCGGCGGUUGAUUUCGAUGGGUCCCGACGGAAUGUGAAAGCUUAUGUGAGCCCUUUCAUCAAACAUGCCAUGACGGGCAUUUCAGAGAACGAAAUUGUGUUUGAUGCGAUCAAAAGUCUGCAACCCGGAGGCCCUGCUCUACGACCAGCCAUAAAGAUCUUGGAGGACUAUUUGUCAACUCGCACGGAAAAGUUCUAUCUCGGCAACCAGUUCAUCGGGAUUGACUGUACAGAUCCCAGCAAAGCUCGGGUCAAACUCUACAUGGCGACAAAUACUGCCCGAUUUGAUUUUAUCCAAGCCGCAAUGACCCUGAGUGGGCGGCUCAACGACGAAUACACUACGCAAGGCAUGAAUAUAUUGAGAGAUAUCUGGCAUCUUCUCCUCGACGAGCCCGAGGGCAUCAGUGAUGAUUUCAACAAGCCCCGAAAUAAACUUGCGAAUGCGCUCCCUGGCGUGUUUGUGUCUUAUGAAAUCAGAGCAGGCGUAGAACUACCCGAUAUCAAAGUCUAUGUGCCAAUGUGGCUAUACCACAGAAGCGAUGAGGCCGUAGCAGGAAACCUAGACCAAAUCUUCACAAGGCUUCGUGACCGGAAGGUGCUAGGAAAAUGGGCUUGGGACAGUGGAAUCGGAGAAAGAUAUCAAGACUUUUUCAAGAAGACGUUGUGA